CCUAGCUUUUCAAUCCUGUGCACCUUUCUCCUCUAGACGCGUGUCAAAAAGCACACAGAAACAAUAUCCUCUCCUCACUCCAUCUUCUCUUUUUCCUGGCGUAUGCAUACUGGACGGAUCUCUUCCAUGCACGUCCAGGAAAAAUCAUAAACCUUGCAGGCAUUUUUGAUCGAGUUUUUCCUCUUGUUCAUAAACCUAGAACCUAGCUAAAGCCAUGAAAACUGAGUUAAAAGGAAGCACUACUUCCAUUUCUCUCCAAUACCCAACUCUCUUCAACGCACCCCACAGUAACCUUGGUCUCUCAGGAGAACUCAACGGGUGCCUAGGAAGCCUCGAUGGAGCUUGUAUAGAGAAGCUCUUACUCCAUUGUGCCAGUGCUUUGGAGAGUAACGAUGUAACUUUAGCUCAACAAGUCAUGUGGGUGCUUAAUAAUGUUGCUUCUCCAGUUGGUGACACCAACCAAAGGCUCACCUCCUGGUUCCUUAGAGCCUUAAUCUCUAGGGCCUCACGAGUCUGCCCGAUGAACUUCAACGGAAGAAGCAGCACCAUCCAGAGAAGGUUGAUGUCCGUGACAGAGCUUGCAGGGUACGUUGAUCUUAUCCCUUGGCAUCGGUUUGGCUUUUGUGCUUCCAAUAGUGCUAUUUUUAAAGCAAUUCAUGGGUUCCAAAGAGUGCACAUACUAGAUUUUAGCAUUACCCAUUGUAUGCAAUGGCCUACUCUUAUAGAUGCUUUGGCCAAAAGGCCAGAAGGCCCUCCUGAGGUUAAAAUCACAGUGCCUUCUUGGCGGCCACCUGUCCCUCCUUUGAUCAACAUUUCAACAGAAGAAGUUGGGCUGCGUUUGGGGAAUUUCGCUAAGUUCAGGGAUGUCCCUUUUGAAUUCAAUGUGAUUGGAAGGAGCACAUCUUCUGAGUUAAGCAAUAUUAAUGAUUCAUCCAGCUUUUCUUUUGAGUCAAUGUUAAGUCACUUGAAUCCUACCACGUUAAAUCUUAGGGAAGACGAAGCUUUGGUUAUAAAUUGUCAAAAUUGGCUACGUUACUUGUCUGAUGAAAGAAAGGGGAGUUUCCAAGACGCAUCCCCUAGGGACACUUUCAUAAAUCUAAUUAAAAAUCUUAACCCUAGAAUAGUACUAUUGGUUGACGAGGAUUGUGAUCUCAAUGUACCAAGUCUCGCGUCAAGAAUCACCACUUGUUUCAACUAUUUGUGGAUACCCUUUGAUGCUUUGGAGACCUUUUUGCCUAAAGAUAGCAACCAGAGGGUAGAGUAUGAAUCUGACAUAGGCCAGAAAAUUGAUAACGUCGUUAGCUUCGAAGGGGUUCAGAGAAUAGAGAGAUUAGAGAGCGGCGCGAACAUGUCGCAAAGGAUGAAAAAUGGAGGUUUCUUCAACGUUCAAUUCUGUGAAGAAACUAUGAGAGAAGUCAAGGCUUUGCUUGAUGAGCAUGCAAGUGGAUGGGGUAUGAAGAUAGAAGAAGAUAUGUUAGUCCUCACAUGGAAAGGCCACAACUCUGUCUUCGCCACAGCUUGGGUCCCCAGUGAGCUAAACGAUCAUAUGGGUGUGGGCUGAGCUGUCUUUAUAACAUGGACUUAAACCUCAUUUGGUCCCUCCCUAUCAAUUCACUGAUCACUUAUUGUAUCAUUCUAGUAUUUACACACAUAAUUUUGUUUCAAUUAUUUGUCAUGGGAUUGAAACAAAACCGACUACCUCAAAGUACUAAAAUGAUACCAAAAAUCUUCCGAAUAUUGAUCAAUACCAUGAGGUUUGAGUAUAAGCAUACUAUAUACCAUAAGACACAGCGCAGCACGAGCAAUGGGCCUAGCAUGAGAAGGAUCUGAGUAUUUUGGUUCAGUGGUCCAGGGAGAGGCAGAGAAGCGAAAGCAACUAAAGUUCA